CAUAUUUCCAGACAGAACCCAAUACACUUUCAAGAAAGGGGAGAGGCGCUACUAAAUUCAGGUUUUGUCGGGCACAGACUGUGUUGGGAGGGUCGUCAUCACGGCAGUUGUGGAGGGGACUUGAAAGCGCGUUGGAGCAGCUAUAACAGAAAAAACAAAAGAACGUGAAGAAAGGCAAAAAAACAACUUUUCUAGCGUUAGCUACUUUUUGUUAUUUAGGUUUCUUUUAUUGCCUAACCAUCGUUACGGACUCACUAUACGAGGGCAGCAGAGCUUCCCAAUUCUGACGUCGGUGGGGUACUGCACACUACUUUCUUUGUCUGUUUCCCUCUCUGUCUGUUCCUUUCUUCCUCUCGGUCCUUCUCUGCUUCUCUAUCCCUCUCUCUCUCUCUCUCCCUCCCUCGCUUUCUUUCCCCCCUCUCUCUCUCUCCCCCCUCCCUCCCUCCUUGCUCGUGUUGCCAUGGCAGCCAGCAAGCCCAAGGGGCAGAACUCUCUGGCCCUGCACAAGGUGAUCAUGGUGGGCAGCGGUGGCGUGGGAAAGUCCGCCCUCACGCUGCAGUUCAUGUACGAUGAGUUCGUGGAGGACUACGAGCCCACCAAAGCGGACAGCUACAGGAAGAAGGUGGUGCUGGACGGGGAGGAGGUGCAGAUCGACAUCUUGGACACGGCCGGGCAGGAGGACUACGCCGCCAUCCGGGACAACUACUUCCGCAGCGGCGAGGGCUUCCUGUGCGUCUUCUCCAUCACAGAGCUGGAGUCCUUCGCCGCCACCGCCGACUUCAGGGAGCAGAUCCUGCGGGUGAAGGAGGACGAGAGCGUGCCCUUCCUGCUGGUGGGGAACAAGUCGGACCUGGAGGACCGGCGGCAGGUGGGCACGGAGGAGGCCAAGGUGCGGGCCGAGCAGUGGGGCGUCAGCUACGUGGAGACGUCCGCCAAGACCCGCGCCAACGUGGACAAGGUGUUCUUUGACCUAAUGCGGGAGAUCCGAGCGAGGAAGAUGGAGGACAGCAAAGAGAAGAACGGGAAGAAGAAGAGGAAAAGCCUGGCCAAGAGAAUCCGAGAGAGAUGCUGCAUUUUAUAAUGACCCCCCCUGGUCAUUCCCUCCUCCCCCCCCCCCCACGCUCUUUAACAUUCAUUCUGAUUUUGCAUUUGGGUUUUUACCUCCCCCUGAGACUGAGAGAUACUGAGGUUCAACCCUUCUACUCCACAAGGAGGGGGGCAGUGGGCGUGAGACAAAGGUGGGCGUGUCAAGAACACAGCGCUUUAGAAAACAAACAAACAAACAAAAAAAACAUACACAGCUUAAGGACCAACAUUAAAUGUAGGAGCAGCAAGCAUGAAUUCACAGGCUAUUACACGGAGGCUAAAGUAAUGAAGGAAAAAAAUAAUUUUAUGCUUGAUAAAUAAUGUAACGUGUAUAUUUGUGUGACAUAACAAAAGCACAGUGAUGAGCUUUUUCUUUUCUCUUAA